AUAUUAUAAAUGAGUUCUCAGUUUCUUAUUUAAUAGUUUUCAGUGUUAUAAGUUUAUAUUUAAUAAUAUAUUGGAAUUAUUUUUACCGCAUUAUCAACUUUUGCGAAAAUAAUACGAGGAUGGUUGGUAAAACUGUGUUAAUUACUGGCUGCACGUCUGGCAUUGGCAAGGAAACAGCUAAGGAUCUAGCUAAGAGAGGUGCCAAAGUGAUCAUGGCAUGUAGAAACAUCGAUUUAGCCAACAAAAUUAAAGAGGACAUAAUAAAAGAAACAGAUAAUUGUAAUAUCAAUGUACACGAGUUGGACCUUGCUUCUUUCCAAUCUAUAAGAAAUUUCGCUCGGCAGAUAAACGAAGAGGAAAGUAAAUUAGAUGUUCUCAUACACAACGCUGGUGUAGCUCAAUUUUUUCGAAAUAAAGUCAGUGAGGAUAAUUUGGAAAUAACCAUGCAAACCAAUCAUUAUGGACCUUUUCUAUUGACUCAUCUCUUAAUAGAUUUGUUGAAAAAAUCAAAACCGAGUAGGAUAAUCGUAGUUUCGUCGUUUGGAUAUAAAUUUGCUUCAAUAAAUUUGAACAAUCCUAAUCCAACUAAUGCGAUUUUGCCAUGUUAUCUCUAUCUUGUCUCCAAACGUGCAAACGUAGUGUUUACAUUGGAAUUGGCACGUCGUUUGGAGGGUACUGGUAUUGUUGUAAAUUGUCUUCACCCUGGUGUUAUUGAAAGUAAUCUUUUUAGAGAGUUUCCAAUUAUAUUAUAUUGGCUUUUGAAAUUCGUACUGAAACCAUUUUUUAUAACGGUCGAGGAAGGAGCUCAAACGACUAUUUAUCUUGCUGUAUCCGAAGAGGUCAAAGUAUCUGGAAAAUAUUUUAAAAAUUGUGCGAAAGCAAGCUUAACGAGAAAGGUCAAAGACUCUGUAUUGGGAAAAAAAUUUUGGGAGAUCAGUGAAAGAAUUGUUAAAUUGCAACCAACCGAUCCAAAAAUAUAAGAUAUAAAAUUAAGAUACGUAAUUCUACAGUUAACAGCUAAUUAAAAAUGUAUGGUAACAGUUAAUUAUGUAAUUCUAUUAUUGUUAGAUUUGAUUAAACAGAUUACAUAAUUACUUUAAAGAUGUUAUAAUAAAUAAUAAUAAAACCACAA